AUGGCUUUAAGCGAUGAUCAUCCUCGUAAAUCAUUUACCUCAAAGUUCCAGUGGAAGAAGUUUAUUGUUAGUAGAGCCACACAGCCUGAUGAAGGUGAGGGACCUUCAGUUCCACCUGCUGAUGUACCUACACCACCACCACCACCUAGGGGCCAGCAGCAGUCCCCGAGUGAGCAGGGUCAGGGACAUUUAGAUCCAUCCCCUGUUGUACCUCCAUACUUCCCUGGCCACUACCCUCCUCUCUCGACAAGUCCUCACUUCCCCUCUCCAGAUCAGACACAUGCUUCUCCAUUCUAUCCAUAUUACCCCCCACCAUCAUCACAGACAGCUGGUCCUUCCACUGGUCCCCACCCUCCUUACCCUUACCCAUAUUACUACCCCUAUCCGGUGCAGCAUGAAUAG